AUGUUAGAGGGUGUAAUCUGGUUGCUAAUCCUGAAGCUUGGGGAUGCCCUGGCGAAUGAAGCAGCUGUGCUAGGGAAGUCGUUUCUCGUCGAAGCAUCUGCUCUGCAAGGCCUAUUUGGCGAGAUACGGAAAAUGAAGGAGGAGCUGGAGAGCAUGCAGGCCUUCUUCCGAACUGUCGAGCGCUUCAAGGAUGCAGACGAGACAACUGUUGCAUUCGUGAAGCAGAUCAGGGGCCUUGCCUUUAACAUCGAGGAUGUUAUCGACGAGUUCACCUUCAAGCUGGGAGAGGACCGUGAGGGGAUGUUUCUGUUGAAAGCAAUUAGGAGGGUCAAGCAAAUCAAGACAUGGUACCGGCUAGCCAACAAUUUGCGUGACAUCAAAGCAAACCUCAAGAGUGCUGCAGAGAGGAGGCGCAGGUAUGACCUCAAGGGUGUUGAGAGGGACGCAAAACUGACAAGAAUAGGCAGCUUAAGUAUUAGACCUGCAGAGUCUGUACAUUUUAAAAGGGCAGAUGAUCUUGUGGGGAUUGCGGAGAACAGAGACUUGCUGAAGAAAUGGAUGAAAGAUGAGGAGCAGCGACACAUGAUCAUCACUGUUUGGGGCAUGGGAGGUGUUGGUAAGACAACACUUGUUGCGCAUGUCUACAACGCCAUCAAGACUGACUUUGACACCUGUGCUUGGAUCACUGUGUCUCAUAGCUAUGAGGCUAAUGAUUUGCUAAGACAGAUUGUUGAAGAGUUCCGAAAGAAUGACAGGAAGAAGGAAUUUCCGAAGGAUGUUGAUGUCACAGAUUACAGAAGCCUGGUGGAGACAAUCCGCCGUUACCUAGAGAAGAAAAGGUAUGUUCUUGUCCUAGAUGAUGUUUGGAGUGUGAAUGUUUGGUUUGACAGCAAAGAUGCGUUUUUUGGUGGCAAGCUUGGUCGGAUAAUUUUCACAUCAAGGAUAUAUGAGGUGGCACUGCUUGCUUCCGAAGCCCAGACGAUUAACCUGCAACCCUUGCAAAAUCACUAUGCAUGGGAUCUGUUCUGCAAAGAGGCAUUUUGGAAGAAUGAAAACAGAGACUGUCCACCAGAAUUGCAGUAUUGGGCAAACAAGUUUGUGGAGAAAUGCAAUGGCUUGCCGAUUGCUAUUGUGUGCAUCGGGCGCCUACUGUCAUUCAAGAGCGCGACUUUUCUGGAGUGGGAGAAUGUAUACAAAACUCUUGAGCUGCAAUUUACAAACAAUUGCAUCCUGGAUAUGAACAUAAUCUUGAAGGUUAGUUUGGAAGACUUGCCACACAACAUGAAGAACUGCUUUCUUUACUGCUGCAUGUUCCCAGAGAAUCAUGUGAUGCAAAGGAAGUGGCUAGUGCGGCUCUGGGUCGCAGAAGGAUUUAUUGAGGCGAGUGAGCAUAAGACGCUGGAGGAGGUCGCAGAGGAUUACCUGACCGAACUCAUCAACCGGUGCCUGCUGGUGGAGGUUAAGAGGAAUGAAUCAGGAUAUGUCGAUGAUUUCCAGAUGCAUGACAUCCUUCGUGUGUUGGCCCUCUCCAAGGCACGCGAAGAGAAUUUUUGUAUUGUCCUCGAUUACUCAAGGACCAAUCUUAUUGGGAAAGCACGCCGUUUAUCAAUCCAAAGAGGGGAUAUCGCGCACCUUGCAGAGUCCGUGCCGCAUCUCCGCUCCUUGCUUGUCUUCCAGAAUUCGCUGACUUUUGGCUCGCUCCGUUCGUUCUCAAGGUCUGUUCAGUUAAUGUCUGUCUUGAACCUGCAAGAUAGUUCGAUUGAGAGCCUGCCAAACGAGGUGUUUGACUUGUUCAACCUGCGUUAUCUGGGCCUUAGACGGACCAAAAUUGCAAAUAUCUCACAGCUGAUUGGAAGGCUGCAGAAUCUGCUUGUGUUGGACGCCUGGAAAAGCAAGAUCACCAACCUGCCAGUGGAAAUCACAAGGCUCUCUAAGUUGACGCACCUCAUCGUCACCGUGAAGCCACAGAUACCGGCGAUGCAGUUCGUUCCUUCCAUUGGCGUGCCGGCGCCUAUUGGCAUGUGGUCUUUGGCGAGCCUGCAGACAUUACUGCUGGUGGAAUCCAGCUCCGAGAUGGUCCGUUACCUCGGAGCUCUGGUUCGAUUGAGGUCGUUCCGCAUCAGUAGAGUCCAAGGCCGCCAUUGCGAAAAGCUCUUCAAAGCCAUCACCAAUAUGGUCCAUCUCACCCGGCUCGGGAUCCACGCGGAUGACGACCAGGAGGUUCUGCAGCUCGACGCGCUCAACCCGCCCCCGUUACUCCAGAAGCUUUUCUUGCUAGGGACGUUGGAGAAAGAAUCACUGCCCCGGUUCUUCUUGUCGAUCAGCAAACUGAAAAGCCUCACCAUCCUGCGGCUCGUCUGGUCAAAGCUCGAGGAGGACAUGUUCUGCUACCUCGAGGAGCUGCAGCAGCUGGUGAAGCUCCAGCUCUACGAUGCGUUUGACGGCACCAGGAUGCGCUUCCGGGAGACGUCGUUUCAGAAGCUCCGGGUGCUCAAGAUCUGGGGAGCCCCGUGUCUCAGCCAGAUGACGAUAAGAAGCGGGGCGAUGCCCAGCUUGGUCGAUCUCAAGCUCCUGCUCUGUCCGGAGUUGAAAUCGUUGCCGUGCGGGAUCGAACACGUGGCCACGCUUGAAGAGCUGACCCUGGAUUCCACGGCGGAAGAGCUUGUGGACAGGGUUCGGCGCAAGAAAGAGGACAACAUAUCUCAUGUUCAGAGAGUCUACGUCGGGUUCGUCAGGAACCGCGAGCUCGCUGCAGAGAGGAUUCAGUAUAGAUUCAGGAGUAGUAUACUAUAA